AUGUUGAACUGCUUUUGGACAUUUGGAUUGACUUGGUUUAUUGUGGCAGAUCUCGUGACUUUUGUUUCCUACGUGCAGCAGUCGAUGCUUAGUAGUCGACGCAUACAGCCUAUUCCGCAGGAUUUUGAACACGCCUUGACACGAAACCAUCUAUCUCCCGGCGACCUCCUUCCCUACCUCAAAUACCCCACCGUUAAACCGACCCCGACACUCUUAUCGAGCCCCCAGCCAGAAGAAGAUGCUUUCAAAGCUAUAUCCUUCCUCGGUCCGCAGCUCAGCGGCGAAGACGACCGUGCCAGGAGCGCGCAUAUCCCGAAACAUUUCCCCGAAUUCCCCAGCAAACAUACAUAUCGGCACACGCCUGUGUUUACGGAACGAGAAUCAGACCCGAGGAAAAUCCGCGAGCGCGCGACAGAGGAUGGGAGACAUGGAGAGGAGGCUUUACGGAAACUGGCUCGUGCCGCGUUUCAGGAUAACCAGCUUGGUUCGGCAGGGCGGGAGAAGAAGCUUUGGGGCCGGCGGAUGGAGAGCAUGGAUAGUAUGUUUGAGAAGACGGUGAAAGGGCUGGCGAAAAAGUCUUCGAAGAACACGGCUGUGUCGGGGAUGGCGGCGCCGAUGGAGAUUGAUUCUGGGGCUGGGGCGGAUGUGGAAUUGAAGACGUCUCGGUCGAAGAUGUCGUUGAAUUUGGAGUUGCCGCCCAUCAUCAAUUGCGAAAGAGAUCUUUGGCGUCGGACGACUGCGUCAAGAGGCGGAGAGAAUCAUUCAAAACCAGAGGAAAAGCUGAAUGGCAAGCCUGAGACGGGGAAUAUUUCGCGGAUGGAUAGCUGGGUGAGCACAUAA